GGAGAGAAAAGAGCACCGCAGUUGCCUCUCCUCUUGGGGGAGCCAGUGUGAUAAUCUUGCAGCUCUCUGGGAAGGGAAACAGGGCGGAGACACAUCGCCUCUCACCUGUCCCUCGAGGAGGAGAAAGAGGCGGAGACUCGAGGAACUUGAACUCGUCCAGAAAGUUUACGCAGGAAAAAGAAAAAAGAAAAAAAAGGGGGGGGAGUGAAAGCGGCGUGGAAGAAAGAAGACGACGUCGCCGCCGCCGCCCUGGGCGGUAGCGGGAAGCAGGGAGGGAUUUUCCAACAAGGAAACAGAAAGUCCGGAAAUUGAGCAAGAACAACUUGCGCGAAGGGGGGACGUUUUUCCAAUGCCCCCCCUCCUCUCUUUGCAGAAAAAAAGAGCAUUUUGACCUCUCUUUUUUUCCUCCACCGCCGGCCGGAGGCUUGUGACUAGAAACUUGCUUGACUUACACAAAGAGGAGACACAGCUGCGACUUGUCUUCAGAAGAUGCUCAGGGCGCGCGAAGGAGGCAGCUAAGUACUUUCCAGCCUCCCGCGAGGCGGACAACUUUCCAGUAGAGAGAACACCUCAGUGGCAUGGGGUGUUUUUUAUUUUUUUAUUUUUAAAUAUUUUGUUUGGAGAUACCCGUCUCUUCUUUCAACGUCUCCUUUCAGACUUUUCUUAAUUAUUUAAAAGCACACACCACCAGCGGGAAGCUGUUGCUCCGUUUUCCUUUGGAACGAACUUCUGGCAGCUGAGAAGUUGUGGGGAGAAAAUUCCCUCACGCCGCCCAGUUUCUCGUGACUGUUUUCUGGGGCGUGUGUGUGUGUGUGUGUGUGUCUUGUUUCAGAGGAGGAGGAGGAGGAGGAAGCCGCCUCGUUGCCUCGGUGUGACUGACUUUCCCCUUCCUCUCCCUCCUUCCCCCCUCCAUGGAAAGCGGCUGCCAUGGCUCUGAGCAAAGGGCUGAGGGUGUUGUGGAAGCAGGAACCCACGGCGAGUGCCCUGCUGGAGGCGCGUGGCCGCCAGGACUGCCUGCUGCUGGAAGCCGGCACGAUGGCCACCCUCACUCCUGAAGAAAAGGAAGAAAUUAAAGGGCAAUAUGAGAAGCUCAUGGGUGCUUAUGGGUGCUUAGGAGAACUCCAGUUAAGAUCUGGCAACACCACCCUGCAUUUUCUGGUCCUUGUGACAGGCUGUGCAUCAGUGGGGAAAAUACUUGAUGCUGAAGUUUACAGAAUCACGACAACAGAAUUCUGUCCUCUCCAGGAAGAAACUAAGGAGGAAGAUCGUGUUUCUGCCUUGAAGAAAAUUCUUAAUUCUGGGGUGUUUUAUUUUUCUUGGCCAAAUGCAGGAUCAAACUUUGAUAUCACUGUCCGAGCCCAGAAACAGGGUGAUAACAACUAUGGAACUGCAAACUCAUUCUUCUGGAACCAGCUACUGCAUGUCCCCUUUAAACACUAUCAGGUGAAUUGCUCUGAUUGGCUGUUAAAAGUGAUCUGUGGUGUGGUGGACAUUCGCACUCUGUACGCUUCUCACAAGAAGGCAAAGGCCUGUCUCAUCUCCCGGAUCAGCUGCGAGAGAGCUGGUGCCCGGUUUCACAUACGAGGAGUCAAUGAUGAUGGCCACGUUUCUAACUUUGCUGAGACGGAGCAGACUAUCUAUUUGGACAAUGAUGUUUCUUCCUUUGUUCAAAUCAGAGGCUCAGUUCCACUCUUUUGGGAGCAACCUGGGCUACAGGUUGGCUCCCAUCAUCUAAAACUCACCAGAGGCCUGGAAGCUAAUGCUCCUGCUUUUGACAAGCAUAUAAUGCUCAUGAAAGAACAAUAUGGUAAACAAGUGAUUGUUAACCUGUUAGGAAGCAAAGGAGGAGAGGACGUCCUUAACAGGGCUUUCAAGAAGUUGCUCUGGGCAUCAUCCCAUGCAGGAGACACACCCAUGAUUAAUUUUGAUUACCACCAGUUUGCAAAAGGUGGGAAAAUGGAGAAGCUUGAGAAUUUGCUGGGGCCUCAGCUGAAGUUGCAUUGGGAAGAGUUAGGCAUCUUCACCAAGGGCGAGCAUGCGGGUUUCCGUCAGCAGAUGGGUACCUUGCGAACCAACUGCCUGGAUUGUCUGGAUCGAACAAACACCGUUCAGUCCUUCAUAGCACUUGAGGUUCUGUUCACUCAGCUUGAGAGCCUGGGAUUAAACUCCAAGCCUAUAGUUGAACGUUUCCUGGAGUCUUAUAAAGCAAUGUGGGCCCUCAAUGGACACAACCUAAGUAGGAUUUUUACAGGCAGCCGUGCCUUGGAUGGAAAAGCUAAGGUUGGGAAGUUCAAGGACGGGGCGCGUUCAGUGUCACGGACAAUCCAGUCAAACUUUUUUGAUGGUGUGAAACAGGAAGCCAUUGACUUGCUGCUUAUGGGUGAUUUCUACAGUGAAGAGCAAGCGGAAAAGGAGAGGAUGCUCAUGGACCACACGGCAUUGCUGAUGACUCCUAGCAUUUUGAAAGCCAUGUCAGAGCAUCAGUUUGAAUUCACAAACUUCAAGAGAAUUCGUGUUGCUAUGGGGACUUGGAAUGUCAAUGGAGGCAAACAGUUUAAGAGCAAUAUCCUUGGUACCAGCGAGUUAACAGAUUGGUUACUGGAUUCCCCGAAGCUUUCUGGUGUUUCAGAAUUUCAAGAUGACCAUUGUCCAGCUGACAUAUUUGCCGUGGGAUUUGAAGAGAUGGUAGAAUUAAAUGCUGGGAAUAUUGUGAAUGCUAGCACAACUAAUAAGAAGAUGUGGGGAGAACAGCUUCAGAAAGCCCUUUCCAGGACACAUCGAUACAUUCUGUUGACAUCAGCACAGCUUGUUGGUGUUUGCCUCUUCAUCUUCGUACGGCCUUUCCAUGUCCCCUUCAUCAGGGAUGUAGCAGUGGACACAGUGAAGACUGGAAUGGGAGGGAAAACUGGCAAUAAAGGAGCAGUUGCCAUCCGUUUUCAGUUUCAUAGCACCAGCUUAUGCUUUCUAUGCAGCCACUUGACAGCUGGUCAGUCUCAGGUGAAAGAGCGGAAUGAGGACUAUAAAGAGAUCACACAGAAGCUGAGCUUUCCAAUGGGAAGAAGUAUGUUUUCUCAUGACUAUGUGUUCUGGUGUGGUGAUUUUAACUAUCGCAUUGAUUUGACCUAUGAAGAAGUAUUUUAUUUUCUCAAACGACAAGAUUGGAAGACACUCCUGGAGUUUGAUCAACUGCAGCAGCAGAAAUCCAGUGGAAAAAUAUUUAAGGAUUUUCAUGAAGGAACGAUUAAUUUUGGUCCAACAUAUAAGUAUGAUGUUGGCUCAGAGGCUUAUGAUACAAGUGACAAAUGCAGAACUCCAGCCUGGACUGACAGAGUACUUUGGUGGAGGAAGAAACUUCCUAUUCAUAAAACGGCUGGAGAGAUCAAUCUUUUUGACACUGAUCUCAGUGCAGAAACAAAAAUCAGACCCAUUUGGUCUCCUGGUGCCUUGAUGUAUUAUGGAAGAGCUGAGCUCCAGGCAAGCGAUCACAGGUACCGUAACCUCAACGGAAGCAUAACCCUUCUGAAAUGGCAGAGAUGCUGUCGUUUCUGUGAUUGUCAUGCUUUUCUGUACUGUUGCAUAGCAAAGGAGGGUUCUGUAGCUCAAAUGGGAAACAGCAUGCAAAGCAGGUUCAACCUCUACUUUCUUUCUAUUCUUGUCAGGAUCAAUGGAGGCCAGAUGCUUGUAACAUUUGCAGAAAGCAGGUCUGCUCUUCAAGUUCUUGAUGUAGAUGGUGUCAAGAUUAAAGGCAAGACAGUGAAUAUCUGGCCUAAAACCCAGGACUGGCUGAAGGGCCUUCAGGAGGAAAUCACUAGGAAACGAGACAGCAUCGCCCCCAUGUCACCCACAGCAAACUCCUGUCUACUGGAGGAAACCUUUGAUUUUACAAGUUUAGAUUAUGAAUCAGAAGGUGAUAUCCUUGAUGAUGAAGAUGAUUAUUUGGAUGACAUGCCACCACAUUUACUUCUAACGACAGAAGUGGCAUUAGCAGUGGAUGAUUUGCUGGAUGGGCCCGAAUGUUUGAUGGUGGCAUCCACGGUACAUGCAAACAAAUCUCACCAUGCUGGAAGAAAGCUGCAUCCGUAUAAAGAUGAUGCUGACCUGAUCGAACCAAAACAAGAGCUGGACGGAGGUGGGGAGUUUUGCCAUCGUUCCCCGAGCAGGUCUCUUUCUGUCCCAGGCAGGCCUCGGCAGCCUCAGCCACCACAGCGACCUCCUCCUCCAGCUGGAGUAUCUGUUAAAAAAUCCACAUCAGAUGGGUUCAUCUCUUCAGGAGGCCACUCUCUGUGUUCCAUCCUGCAGACUGCAAAGCUUCUUCCAGGGGCACCUCAGCAACCACCAAAAUCACGGACUGGAAUUAGCAAGCCAUAUAAUGUCAAGCAGAUCAAAACCACCACCCCUCAGGAAGCAGAGGAAGCAAUUAGAUGCCUGAUGCAAGCAAAAGGAGUAACUCCAGAGGAAGCCUUGGCACCCAUUUCAGGAAGGACCCAAACUGUCACUAAAUCUGAAAGUUUCCCCGGUGUUGCAAAGUCUGCACAACUUCACAGCCCGCAACCACCCCCAGUGCUCAUACCUCAGCGUCCAGCACCAAAAGUUCCCUCUGCUAAGAAACCAGCACCCUUGCAGAGGAUGGGAGGGAAGCUAGGAUGUCCUCCUUCUCCAGAAGAGCAGUUUGAGCAAUCUGUUGGUCACUUCUCCUUUGCGCUGCCAGAGUCUUGCCUCGAGGCUAGAGCCAUUGCUACAAGUCCUACCAGAGCAGCCCCUGUUCCUAAGCCAAGAACAGUCCCCCCAGGCAAAAUCCUUGAGAGGAGAAGAAACAGCGAAAGGUACCCGGCUGCCUUGCAUCUUCUGGAGGAGAGCUCUUGUCUUCCUUCUCAGAAUUCUACCCAUGCUCCAAGAGUUCCACCGAGGAGAAAGAAAUCUGCCCCUCCUGAUUUUCAUCUGCAAGUACUCCAGAGCAGUGACAGCCUGUUUCUCAAGGGGUUAACAUUUAAUUCCAACAAUAACAACAAUCCGUCUCACACUCAGUCUGAUUCCAUCCCACUUUCUCCGAGUGAGCCCUUUCUUCCUGAAGCAGCAGGAGCCAUGACGAGUCCGAUAGACGACUCCAAACCCUUGAGGCUCACGGCUUCAGAGAUAAUUAGCGGCUUGCAAGUUCUUCCGCCCAUGUGCCUCCAGCAGCAAAACCAGCAGCUUUCAGGCGACUUUCUUAGAGGCAGCACCAGUCUUUUAGACCUGGAGGCUGACUUCAUUGCUUAUCAGUCAGUCCCUCAACCGCUGCCGAUCAGCCCAACACAUACUCCAAAAGAUUUGAAACUCCUCGGUGCAAGUGAUUUCAGCCACUGGGUUACAUUUGGUGAAGAAGGCAACAGCGGCACCAUCUCUGAAAGUCCUAAUGUACCGGUUGUGUCCAAGCAGAACCAAAAUGCCUGUGUGGACCCCAACACAAGUUUAAAACUAUGAGCCUGGGUCUCCACCCCUUGCUUUUUCUACAACAAACAAAAAAAAUCCUAACAGGACAAGAUUUUUUUUCUGAAACAAUUUGCUUUAUUCUCAGAGCCUCUGGUACAGGAAGGACUGAGUUAAAUGAGUCGUUAUGGUACGCCCCCUUCCAAUGAAUUCUGAUUUAAUUUGUAUGGUGAGUGGCAACCUUCUCUUCCACGUGCAUGCUAUAAUGCCUUUUGGUACAAUUGCUUCACAUUUUCACUUUGCUUGCUUUCUGUACUUCAUACCAAGGCUGUCUGUCCCAUAGUGCUCCCUUGCUGUGUAAAGGAUAACGUGGAGGUUUCUGCAUUAAGUCUAAAGAGGUAUUUUGUGUCUAUUUGGGCACACAGCGGUAGUUGCUUUGAAAAGCUGAACACACUUCCUAGGAGAGGCCCUAGUGAACUGGGUAGGACAUAAUUCUGGAUAAACAUGCUGAAGAUCUCACAGUAUGUUUGCCGCUGCAUCUUCCCUUUCAUGCUUGUUAACAUCUGCAGAGUCUGGGAAGCUUAAACCAAAUGAGCGGAAGCCAGUAAGCGCUCUGUUGUUUUUUCCACCAAGGCCUGAAAGGGAAGAAAUUACCUGCAGAUUGUGCAUAAUGACAACAGAAUAAUGUGGAGAUGGUCAACCAAGGCUGCUGUAGUUUUAGUGCUGCUAAUAAAUGAAGCAGCUAAUAAAUAGAAAAUGUUAUCUCAGAGAAAACGAAAGCCAUGGUUAUAUGAAAGCACUAGAAUGUAUAACUCUGAGUAAUGUGGUUGCUGUCUCAUCUCUGGCUCGGGUAGAGGCUGGGAAGCCGAUCUUGUAGUACAGGGGUGGGGACCUUGUGGUUGAGCGCAAGUAGCGAGAAUUGUAGUCCAACAACUGGAGGGUCACAGGCUCCCCAUUCCUGUCCUUGUGUAUCACCCUGUUGACAGGACCCAUGUCCUCUUUCACAGUGAUCAGGUAGGCUAUAGAUUGCCCAGGGCAGUCUCCCCCAGCCUGAAGCCCUCUAGAUGUUUUAGAUCACAACUUCCAUCAGCUCCAGCUGGCAGGUCCAAAACCUCUGGAGAGCACCAGGUUGGUAAAGGCUGGACAAGGGUAAGACGAGUCUAAAUGUGCAUAUGUAGAAAUAUCAAUGGUACACAUGAGGGAGACUUCUGUACUCAAGGUUCCACAGCUCUCACCCUUUGGAGCUACAGUCCUGAGAGUGAAAGUUACCUGGCAUAAUAGCCAGAGGAUAAUUUUAUCGAUAAUUGUUAAAUAGUAUGGGAACAUGUGCAAGGAUUUACCUGUAAAAAUCAGACAAUGAAGUUAUAGAAUCAGGUGAUUGUUUUAAGACUGGUAAUUUAUUAGUGGCAGGAUGGAAUCACUUUUGACGGAGUGGCAUACUUCAUGAUUUUCUUUUAAUUUGUUUUUAAAUAGUAAAGAUCAGAAGAGGGAGGAACUAUAAAGUAUUUGACUUUCCUUUUUGUAUUCAGGCUGUAAAUAAUAUCAUUAAAUUUCUUUUUUAUGAAACUGAACUUGGCUUAUUUUGUUUUUGUAUUGUAUUGUCCUCAAAACUGAAAGGCCAGAUGUUUCGUUUGAUUCUUCUAUGAAUGAGAGGCCAGAAAGGUAAAAGGAGGGAAUUAGAUACACAAUAAUGACUAAACAUUGAUUAUUUAAUCAAUGUUUGUACUGUACUUCUUAAUAAAAAUACAAUAUUUAAUAAUGUUUCCAAGAAGCUAGGGAAAAGAUAAGAUUAAAAACAAAACUCAACUGUACAUUACAAAACUGAGCAGUGGUCAAAAAUAAGAGUCCAAGAAAGCUGGGGCAAAAUUAUAAAUGUUAAAGAGGCAUAUAUUAGUCAUUAAUGUAUCCACAAAAUACCCAAGGGAGAGCACUCCAUGGGGUGGGUGCUAUCACUCAAAAGGCCUGCUUUCACAUUGUCACCAAGUCACACUUUACUAGUCAUGGAACAACCAGCAGGUUCUCAGAUGAUCUUAAUGAUUGGCCCCAAGUUACUUAGAAACCCAAAAACCAUGAUAUUUGCUUGAGAGCUACUAGGCUGCUUACAAAGAUCUGCACUGGCUGCCUAAGAACUGCAUUUUUCCACAAGCUGCAGCUUCUGAACCAGGUGCAAGUAUGGCCCCACAUUCAGUGCAUUGCAGUAGUAACUGAGAUUAGUAACCAAUGGACCACUAUAGCAAGGCCAUCCUUGUACUGAAGUGGCUGCCCCAACCAAAGUUGGCCAUGGGUGCUCUUAAGACAGCAAGGUCAUGUGGGCCUCUAGUGACAUUGAUGGAUCUAGGCACAUGCCCCCCCCCAAACUACACACUUGCUCCUUCAGAAGAAUUGCGAUCCCACCCAGAACUGGUACACAAUCCAAUUCCUAGACCUUGGAACCACCUGUCCACGGAGUCUCCAUUUUGUCAGGAUUCAGCUGCUAUAGCCCUCAUCCAGUUCACAAUUGCCUACAAUUUACAGAACAAUGGAGCUGGUGACACCUUGUCCAAAAUAUCCUAAUGAUUUUAACAGCCUGCAGAUAAAUUUCGAGAAGGCUGAGGUACAGUCACCCAAUACUACUAUUUGGAGAUGCCUGCUGGUUUGGGUGAAACCACCAUAAACCAUUGCUCCCAACUCAUAGAGAUGGCCCAGGAGGAUAACAUGACCUACCAUAUCAAAGGACAAUCAACAGAGUCAUACUCCUCAUCCACCUGAAAAAUGUAAUCUGUCAGCACAUCCAAAGCCAAGUCUCUUACCAAACGAGGUGUGGACCCAAAAUGAGUUUGCUACUUGGUAUAGACAGAAACUGACAACUGCUGGAGACCUCAUUGCUUAGUGUGCACUUCAAUGCAGCAUAAAAU